UGUGUCUCUUGAAAACGUCGCGGCAACGCGGCACAAAAUCGGGCGACAAAUAUCUGCGCGGUAUCUAGAGAAAUGGUAUGUGUGUUGCGGUUUGCCAAAUAUAUCGUAAAAUUGUAUAACAGGUGACUAGACCGAUAGCGCAAGACAUUAAUACUCUUUAACGUUUUUUUACGAUCGGACUAUUACAUAUUUCUGGUUACAAGCGCGCGUUCUUCCGCGAUAAAUAGCAUCGUGAUAUCGAUCGGCUUUGCAAUCAAAUCUGAGGCUGCAUAUUUAAGCUUGAAAUAUACCUGAAAAUAAAAUAAAUCAGUAUAUUUAGAGAAGAGUGAGAAUUUUAUUCUUUGGAUAUUCACUUGUGAAAGAUAAUGCGCGAAGUCGAGAUACAGAAGAUCCUCCAGGAGGAGCAAUGCUUCGAAAUAAUUCGCAAGAAGUUGCGACAGGACGCGAUGGACGACUUCUCACUAAUCAAUUACGAAAUUGUGCCGAUAAAUGAGGUGAACGGUUUCAUGGGUCAAUAUUUCACGUUGAAAGCCACCGUGGCUUGUUCGAAGUCACCACUGCAGACGAAGAGCAUCAAUUUCUUCACCAAGAUACCACCACCGAUCAGCAGUCCGCAAUACGACUUUGUUCAGGAAUACGGUACGUUUAAGAAGGAAGUGGCUCUCUAUACCACUGUAUUUCCGGAGAUGCUGGACGGUCUCGACAAGAGAUGCAUCCCGGAAUGUUUCCUCGGGAUCGAAAACGACGUUAUCGUCCUCGAGGACAUGGCUCACAGCGGUUAUACGAUGACUGACAAGUCCACGCCCUUCGAUUUUGAGCACUGUAAGAUUUUGAUGAAGACCCUCGCCAAGUUCCAUGCAAAGUCCUUAAUCUUCGAACAUGAGUACAAGAAAACUUUGCACGACGAAUUUUCCCACUGCAUGCAGGAAACUCUCUGGCCUGCGGAUGGCAAGGCAAAGGCGAUGUUCGAUGCCGCCGUAAAGGGCAUCGUCUCGAUGAUCGAUUUAUUGCCCGGAUUGAACGACGAUCAGCGCAGUAACUUCAAAGAGAAGAUCGUGAAACUGUGCGCAGAUCACACGGACAAACUGUCGCCGUCGAUAAAGCACAAGAAUGUAUUAUGCCAUGGUGAUCUAUGGGCGAACAAUAUACUUUUUAAAUACGAUGCCGAUAAGAAACCUAUUGAAUGUUGCCUUAUCGAUUUCCAAUUGGCAAGAUACAAUCCACCAGCGCACGAUAUAUUGUGUUUCCUUCAAUUCACAACAACGCGACAGCUACGAGAGAAACAUAAUGAGACUCUUUUCAGAAUCUAUUACGAUUCUAUGACGAUCGUCAUGGAGGAAGCUAAUCUGAAUGUGUCAGAGAUCUUUCCUUGGGACGAAUUCAUCGAGUCUAUUCAGGACUUACGUAUUAUGUGCAUAAUUCAUGGUGUUCUCAACACACCGAUUAUGCUGCUGAAACCUGACGCGGCUAGUAAAUAUUUUUGCGAAAAGCCGGAACUUCUCGAGAGCGUUUUGUACGUUGAUAGAACGCCUCUGAUUUGCGAGCAAUUCAAGGAAGCAUCGGACUAUCGUACCCGUAUGAUAGACGGCUUGUUAGAGUUGUACGAUUACAUAAUAGAUUACAACCACACGCUGCAUAAUUGAAACGUAACGAGACAGUAAGAUAUCAUACACUUGAUCAUCACACAAUUUUACGAACCACAAAGUUCGAGACAAGUAGCAAAAUUGAUUUAAGAAAUUAAUUAAUAGAAAUCUUGUGAUAUUAAUAGAUUCUUCAAUAAUGAUAAGAAAUGUAAAUUUAUAUCUUUUCGACGUCAAUAGAAUUUCGAACAAAGUACAAUAAUCUUGUGAUAUUAAUAGAUUCUUCAAUAAUGAUAAGAAAUGUAAAUUUAUAUCUUUUCGACGUCAAUAGAAUUUCGAACAAAGUACAAUAAACGUAAUGAUAUGUGUGUAUAAUAUAAAUAAAAUGCAACUAAUGUGCUUGAUUUGACAUAAUAGAAUAUCAAUUUUUCAAGUUUUAGCAAAAUUGUGUAAUUCAUUACGCAGAAAUUAUAUAGGUAAAAAGACAUUAUCGAAAUGUGAUAAUAAGCUUCUUUUUACAGCUGAUUACAGCUGAUAAUUGUUGAUUUAGCUAAUGGUUUUAUUACAGACGUGAUAAUAUAAACAAUAUAUUUAUGCGAAAAUUUCACAUUGUAAUAUAAUCUAUUUGUAGUACAAUAUUUACAAAACUUCUUGACAUUACGUAUUAUUAAAGAAAAGUUUCAAGAUAUACUUUAUUGAAAAAUUAAUACACAAGAAUAUAUGUGUAUGUAGUUAAGAAAGCAUAAAUUAUAUAUAAUAUGAAAUAAUAUGAAAACAAAAUAUGUGUGAUAGAAUAAUUGAUAACAUUUAAAAUAAAAAGUUAUUAAUAAGUUUAUAUAAUUCUCUAUAAGUACUUAUCUUGCACGCAUAAAAUGAUGUAUUUAUUAAUUAAUAGCUAUUAUUUACUAGUAAUUUGUUUUAUGUGUAGUAGUAACUCUUUAUGGCAUUGUGUUCUUUAUAUCUAUAUAAAAAAUUGAAAAUAUUUUUUAAAAGAUUUUAUUAACAAUCAAUUCAAUAUAUUUUCAAAAACGACGUAUUAUUUUUUUUAUUCUUUUAAAAAAAUAUUGUUUAUUUUAAUUAUCUUAUUGAUCACAAACAAGUAAACAUUCACAUAUACAUUCUUAACUGCAGACUCAAUUAGAUUUCACGUGACAUUAGCAGUACUGUGAUAUUUCUAAAAUUGUAAUAUUUCAAAAUUGUGCAAUUGUUAAUAAUUGUAAAAAAAUAUUAAGUUGUUGACGAUACAAAUGG